GAGUGCAGCCGGGAAAGCGCUCCGGGGCCGGCGGCGGCGGCGGGUGCGGAGCGAGGGGCGCGGGGCCGAGCGGGGCUGCGGGCCCCGGGGAGGGGGAGCGGGGCGGGGGGAGGGUCCCCCGCGCUCUCCGCCCUCGGGAGGGCAGGGCAGCGCGGGGCACGGGGGCAACGCGCCUCGGGAGCCGCCGCCUCGGCGCCGCGGGCAGCCUGGGCCGAGCCGGGCAGCGCUGCGCGGGUGUGGGCUGAGCGCACAGGGCUCGUGGAGGAAGGCUGUGCGGUCCGACUGCUGUGAGGCCGGACGAGUUGGGCACCGCUGCUUCGUUCUCACUUCCAUUUUGGAAAAUGGAUGCUAGUUCCUGCCUAGGGUUGCUUGCAUUCGUAUCUGACAGGCUUGUGUUUCCUGCGCUUCCCUGGCCAUGCUGGAUUUAACUCAGUGUGCCGACCUGGGUCUGUGUGUUUGCAGCAAGGCAGAGUUGCUUUUAGAUAUUCAGGAAUUUUACCUAAGUUAAAUGAUGGAAAUGUACACUGAAGAAAAGAAAAUCACCCCUGGGUCUUUGGUAUUCAUAUCUGCGUGAAAGAUUCUAGGAUGUUCCAUGAAAACACUUCAGCAGAUUGCUUAAGUACACUAACAACAUCUACUGAAGAUGGUGCUUUCCAAACAAAAGGCCAUAAUACAAGAAUCCUUAGCCCAGAAGAAGCAGAGAGGCUGGCAAAUGAUCGGGUUUUGGUGUCUGACUUCAAACAGCUGAAACUGGAAAAAGAGGCACAGAAGAACUGGGAUCUGUUUUACAAAAGAAACAGCACCAACUUCUUCAAAGACAGACACUGGACAACCAGAGAGUUUCAAGAAUUAAAAGCGUGUCGGGAGUUUGCAGACCAGAAACUGACCAUUUUGGAAGCAGGCUGUGGGGUUGGAAACUGCUUAUUUCCUCUCUUAGAAGAAGAUCUGAAUAUUUUUGCAUAUGCCUGUGAUUUCUCUCCUAGAGCUGUUGAGUAUGUGAAGAAAAAUUCCUUAUACAGUACUGAAAGAUGCAAAGUGUUCCAGUGUGAUCUUACCAAAGAUGAUCUCCUAGAAAAUAUACCAGCAGAUUCUGUGGAUGUCGUCACUCUCAUAUUUGUGCUUUCUGCCAUUCAUCCUGACAAAAUGCACCUUGUCUUGAAGAACAUUUACAAGGUAUUAAAACCAGGCAAGUGUGUCUUGUUCAGAGACUAUGGACUGUAUGAUCACGCGAUGCUCAGGUUUAAAUCUGGCAGCAAACUUGGAGAAAACUUCUAUGUUAGACAAGAUGGGACAAGAUCGUAUUUUUUUACUACAGAGUUCUUGUCUCAGCUCUUCAGGGCGGAGGGAUAUGAGGAAGUGGUCAAUGAAUACGUGCACCGAGAAACUGUGAAUAGGAAAGAAGACUUGCGUGUUCCGAGAGUUUUUCUUCAAAGCAAAUUUCAAAAGCCUUUCAGUAAGACAUAAGUUCUUGCUGAUUAGCAAUAACAUCAGUGAUAGCACACAGUGUUUCCCUGUGGGUGUUCACCUGUUUGGUAAAACAUAAAUGACUGCAUCUUCUUGCUUUUCAUCCUCAGAUAUGAAAUAUAAAAGUUAAUUCUAAUUAAAACUUAAGAUGGUUUUGCAAAGCAGGAAACUUGAUGAGUAUCCAUAUUCCUGUUUUUUAAAGUAAAUCCUCUGCAGCACUGUUGGAAUAUCAGGUGAAAUAGAAUAAAAAAAUGUUUAAUUUGAA